CUUCCUGGAUACGCGUCCAGAAGAAGAGCCAGGUUGCAUUUUGAUGUUUGCAUUUGUUAUUAACAUCAACCCCCCUGUAGUUUCUACACAUAUGCGAAGACAUUAGACAUUACCGACUGCGUAGUGGGAAUUUACCGAUGAUAACGUAAACAGGACUGCGAGGACGGAGAAGCGCCACGUCAUUGAUAGACGGAGGCGUCAGGAAAAACCCACCUGCAUUUCCCUCUCUGCGGUCCCUUACAGCCCGGAGGGAGUUUUUCUUCUUAAUUUUGCUUUAUGUACAUAUUUAUUUAUUUUUGAGUGAAAAUGACGGCGUCCAACUGGGGGCUGGUGGUGAACGUGGUGAACAGCAUCGUGGGAGUCAGCGUUCUCACCAUGCCCUUCUGCUUCAAACAGUGUGGGAUAGUGCUGGGCACUAUGUUGUUAUUUUUCUGCUCCUGGAUGACCCACAAGUCUUGCAUGUUCCUGGUCCUCACAGCCAGCAACACCAAACGAAGGACCUACGCUGGACUGGCCUUCCAUGCUUAUGGAAAACCAGGAAAAACACUUGUGGAGACGAGUAUGAUCGGUCUGAUGCUGGGGACUUGCAUUGCCUUCUACGUUGUUAUUGCUGAUUUGGGCUCAAAUUUCUUCGCUCAGCUGAUGGGUUUACAGGUGACGUUCAGCUUCCGUGUGGUGCUGCUGAUCGCCGUGUCUCUGUUCAUCGUACUCCCUCUGAGUCUGCAGAGGAACAUGAUGUCCUCCAUCCAGUCCUUCUCUGCCAUGGCUCUCAUGUUCUACACCUUCUUCAUGUUCACGAUAGUGUUGUCUUCUCUGCGCUACGGCAUAAUCUCAGGCUCCUGGGUAGAGCGGGUUCACCUGUGGCGCUUCAAGGGCGUCAUUCAGUGCCUGCCCAUUAUCGCCACAACCUUCUGCUGUCACCCGCAGGUGCUGCCAACCUACGACAGCCUGGAUGAGCCGUCAGUCAAACGCAUGAGCACCAUCUUCACCUCGGCCCUCAACGUGGUCACCAUCUUCUACAUCACCGUGGGCUUCUUCGGCUACGUCAGCUUCACAGAGAACAUUGCAGGCAAUGUGCUGAUGAACUUCCCAUCUAACCUGGUGACAGAGAUGAUCCGUGUGGGCUUCAUGAUGUCUGUGGCCGUUGGAUUCCCCAUGAUGAUCUUGCCCUGCCGCCAGGCCAUCAAUACCAUGCUAUUUGAGCAGCAGCAGAAGGAUGGGACAUUUGCUGCUGGGGGUUACAUGCCUCCUCUGCGCUUCAAGAUGAUCACCCUCUGCAUUGUUUUCGGGACCAUGCUGGGAGGCAUUCUCAUCCCCAACGUGGAAACCAUCCUGGGCCUGACGGGAGCAACCAUGGGCAGCCUCAUAUGCUUCAUAUGUCCUGCUCUCAUAUACAAAAAGAUCCAGAAGAAUGGCAUCAUCUCUCAGCUCGUACUUUUCGUUGGCCUGGGAAUCCUACUGGUCAGCACCUUUACCACCCUCUCCAUUUCAGCCAGAAGUCCUGGCUACAAGGUCCAGGCUCCCCCUCCCCCAGCACCUGACAAGAACAGCCUGGUGCUACCAGACCUCCCUGAACUGCACGACAACGUGAAGGAGCCAGUUGAGAUACUAAAGCCCGAUCUUCCACCUGUGGAGGUGGAGCAGCCGGCAGAGAGGGAGCAAGCGGAGCCGCCCCAAAUCAAAGGACCACUUGAUCUACCUGACAGGAAGAAGGAGGAAGUGGUGCAGCUGGAUCGUCCUGACGCAGGUGUGGCGCUGCCAGAGGGAGAGGCCCAUCGCCACGAACCACCCAUCCCUCACGACGAGGUUAUGGUGGACUCGAGAAAGAAUAACGCAGAGCUGGAGGAGGACAAGAAGCAGCAUGCAGCUCCCGCCGAAGCCGUCCAGGAUGUACCUGAUAAAGCCGAGGAGCCAGGGCAAGUGCCGAAGGAAGACGGAGAAGAUGACAACGCUGAUGGCAAUCGUGCUGAGGGCGUUGGGAAGAAAGAAAUGGAUGAUCAUGUUUUGUCCAAUGAGGUCCAGGAGAAGGCUGAAGGACACAAAAGGGAUGUAGCGCCGCUAAAAGAGGUGGAGAAGGUCAAUCUUGUUAAAGAUCCUGCUGCAGGGAACGCGGCAGUGGAGGCCAACCAGGGUGCUGCAGCACAAGCGGAUAAAGUGGGCAAGCCUGCAGAUGAUGCAGGAAAAGCUCCUGUAGUGGAAGGAGAACAUCAGCCGGCUGCAGACCAAGGCCCGGCUGCAGACGGCAAAGAUGCAGCCGAUGAGAAAAUGGACGUGAUAAAAAAGCUGGUUGCAGAAGGCCAACUGGACCACGCGGUGCUCCUGCAGGUGAUCAAAGAGCAGCAAGAGCAGCAGAAGAGACUUCUCGACCAGCAGGAAAAGUUACUGGCGGUUAUAGAGGAGCAGCACAAAGAAAUCCACCAGAAGCAACCUGCUGGAGCUGAUGGUGAACCAGAAAAGGGCGUCCAGGGACACUUGGAGGUAAAGGAAGCUGGCCCGGUAUCAGACCUGAAGGCAGGUGGAGCUCCACAGGCUGGAGGAGAAGAAGCGCCUGUUGGUGCCCAGAAUCAGGCUCCAGCUGGGGAUGCGGGGCCUGAUGCCGGGGCCGCUAACGGAGCCGCUCCUCCAGCUUACAAGGAGGAUGAAGACUCUCACAAGCAGGGCGAGCUGGGGGCAAGGGGGGUCCCGCUCGGGAAGAAAAAAGCAGAGGACGGUCAACUCAUGCCUCAAAAUGAUAAAGCAGCUCAACUCAAAGAUGAGGAGAGAAGCAUAGAUAAAAACAAUGAAGCAAUAGAACAUCUUAAGAAAGAGAAGGACGCUAAAACAAAACUUGAGAAUGAAGAGCUUGAGAAGAAGGAAAGGGUGGACAGAGAGCUAGAAAAGGAAAAACUAGAGAGGGAAAUUAUUGAGAAAGAAGUCCAGGCUAGAUUAGAAAAGGAGAGACAAGAAAAGCUGGCUGUACAACAGCAGUUGGAAAAGGAGAAAGCUGAGAAGGACAGGAUAGAAAAGGAAGUUCAAGCAAGGGUUGAAAAAGAGCGACUAGAAAGGGAAAGAAGAGAGAAACUGGCCAGAGAACAGGAGCUGGAGCAGGAGAAAGCUGCACGGGAGAGAGUCCAGCAGGAAGUACAGAAAGCAGACAAUAAAAUAGUUGAGAGAGCAAAGAAAGAGCAGCAGGAGGUGGAGAGUCAGGAGAGAUUGGCCCAGUUGCAGCAAGUUGUAGAAGCCAAAAAAGCUGGAAGAUCUGCACAGGGGGGUGAGGGAGAAGAUGGUGAACCUUUGAAGAAAGGAGGACGAGACCUCAAAGAAGAACCUGCUGCUCCAGCAGAACCUGGAGAAGGGGUCGAAGACGGGGCGGUCAAAGUUGAGGCUCACUUUCAGGGCUCCCACGAGAAGAUGAGGGACGAGGGAGAGAUGGAUCUGAGGCGGAGACGCAGGGCGCUGGGACCCAGAGAUGCUGCUGCACCCGGGGAGGGCUCCAAAGUGUCCAUGGGGGUUCCUGGGCUGGAGCCCCUGCUGGAGCUGGGGCCCUCAGACCUACACGCAGCCCUGGAGGAGCAGCUAAUGGCCGGAGCGAUGGUGCACUCACGGCAGAUAAAACAGGCCUUAGAGGAUGACGGGGUGAAAUAAGACGUCAGACUCGCACACGUUCCAGUUUAAUGAACAGCACAUAUUGUACACCUGCAGAGCCUCCUAAUACUGUGGACCAUGAUACUGCUGCCUUUCAGUCUCUCUUGCCUUCGGAAAUGUUGGGGACUGGAACAUUUCCCGCUUGUUCAUACUGUGUACUCUGAAGAUAACCCAAAGUCUUUGGUAAAGAGAAAAAAGAGUAUGUAAAUAUUAACUUAUUUUUGUCUUUAAAGGGUAGGCUUUGGAAGAGGUCACUGUUGAAAUGUAAAUACAUCUAUGCAAAUUCUAUCUAGAGCAUUUUGACCAGGCAAAUACUUUAUUUAAAGUUUGCAUUUGUGGCAGUUUUUCAUUGAAUCUGUGCUUUGUGUUACGUGUCUGUUACUCAGGUGUAAAUAUAAAAUCAGUGAUUUAGGAUUGCUCUGAAUUUACAUUGGUCUCAUUAAAUGUAAGGUGGCCGGAGGAUGAUUAAUACAUUUAUAUUACAUGUUCAGUUAAAGGUAACUGAAAUCAAAUGUCAAACAGGUAUUUAGUGUAGCCUUAAUCUUUGAUAAGCAGCCUAAAUUUAUUAUUAAUAAUCAUUCCACCUUUCGUAUUGCUUCCUUGUUGAUACAUUAGUGCCUUCAGUGUUCAUAUGGUGCAGUAUAGACAUUUCAUUCAAACUAAAUAUGUGCUGUUUUUCCUGUGGUCUUUUCCUCUUUCUUGUUGGAAAUCAUAUCAAUGAUAAACUUAGAAGGACAGGGGAAGAAAAUCUGAACGGUUUCUUAGUAAUUAAACUCUCUGAAAACUC